AUGAAUUCUCAAGGUCCGUUUCAAACAGCGGGUAAGGUAGGGAAAAAACGAAAGGCAGCUAGAGAAAAUCGGAUAAAAAAACGGGUACUGGUAAUCGGAUCUAAAUCAACCACUGGGAUUUUUAUACAAAGCGGGCCACAUGAAAUUGGACCUAAAGCGGCUACCGGUAAUCGGAUCAAAAGCGGCUACCGGGAAUCGGACAUAAAGCGGCUACAGUACCGGGAAUCGGAUCAAAAGCGGCCGCCGAGUUUCGGGCAUAAACCGGGCCACAUGGAAUUGGACUAA